AUUCUGUGGCGCCACACGGCGGGCGAGAGCUGCACGACAAAAGAAAGACGCCUCCCCGACUGCAUCGGUGGGUAGCUCCGCCCACGGGAACCGCCCAUCGGGGGACGCAGUCGCAGCUCUAUAAAAGCUCAGAGCGUUCGCUGCUUGGGGCAUAUCUUUCCGAGCUUGCUCAGAGAACACACUCUUCGGUGCCGCUCUGUGCCUGCGAGGUUUCGUUUUCGUCUUCGUCCAUUUGACGUGGUCAGCUCUGGUUCACACCGCGUGCAACGUGCAACUGGAUAGUUAUAGCUCUCCUUCUCCUCGUUCACUGACGUCACGUGCAAUUUUGGACUAUGACCAUGAAGGUGCAGACCGAGCAGCAGCAAGUGAUCAGCCUCGCCAAGGUGGCCAAAGGGCGCGUGAGCCGCGAGGAACGCGACGUCAACCACGGCGCGAUCCAAGCGCUGCUCGACAAGCUCAAAGAUCUGGUGCCCAACAUGCCCCGUAGCAAGAAGGUCUCGAAGCUCGAGAUCAUCCAGAACGUGAUCGACUACAUCCUCGACCUGGAGCUCGCCCUCGAAGCGCAUCCCUCCAAGCGAUCGUCGUCGACCUCCACGGCGUCGACUCCUGCGCGCCAGCCUCUGGGCGUACUCCCUCCCGCCAACAAUGCGGUCACCAACGCUCUCUCGGAAGAUGAGGAGACCCACGCGGAAAAGGUCAUUCGCCACUUCGCAGCGCUCGCGCCCACCGUCUCGAGCAUGGACCUUUGAGACGCCAGAGCGAGCGUCUCUCAAUACAUGACAUCGCUCGGGGCCUGGUUCAGCGGUCCGGAAUGAACGACCGACUGGUCCUGGGCCGCGUCUGACGACCGGCAAAUUCAGUGCCAUCCACGUGCCGUCAAGACACUGAACGUCAUCAAGUGCAAGCAUCGGAUGAACUCUUGAGGAAUAUGUGGUCCAGGAACGACCGGAAAAGUGCGGGAGCCUGCAAGACUUGGAAACAACCUCCAUAAGCCCUGGCUCGGCGUCUCUCCACAGAGUUGCCUUUAGCUCUCAGCUUUUACUGUGAUCACUCGAAGCUGGCUGUCUAACAAAUCCACAAGGACUCCUGGCAAGCGCACGGAAACGGCCUCCCCUUCAGUCGGCAUGGAUCAUCUCUGGCAUCGAGUGUAUCGGCGCCAGAUUUUCGUCUCGUCUGAGCCGGCUAUGCAUCGCUAUCCUUGCUCAUCCAGCGGAUAUCAUUGAAGGAAUGUCAGCAGGCACCUUUCAAUGACCAACCAUGGGACUUCUCGGAGCAGAAAUCGCCAGAAGUGAGUUACGACCACAGUCAACAAAAUUACUCGGAAAAGAUCCCGGAAUUGUGGACAGCUGCUGGACAUGACAAGAGCGCGGCAGCAAGAACAGCAAUAAUAUUGUACUACAGAUGGCAAAUCCUGCUCGAAUAAAACAAUUGAAAAUCUGUAAACAUGGCUGAAGGUUUUACUGCAG